AUGAUGGAACUUGUCGAUCAAUUUAAAAUACCUGCAUCGAACAUUAAUUUACUUCCAAAACUUUCAUAUAAAGAUUUAAAUGGAAUUGAUAAGUUAUUACAAGAUAAUAAUAAUGAUGCUAAUAUGCAACUAGAUGACAUUCAAAGGAAACAAUUAAUAUUAUGUUUACUAUUAUUGAUUGUAGAUAAUGAAUCUCAUGUAUUGAAAAUAGUAGAUAAACUACUGCAUCCACAAGAAGGACUCGUUGUAAACAGAGAAGAUAUCAUUAAAUGGCUCGUUGAUCGUUUACAACCGUUACUAUUGAAAAAUAGUGCUAAUACUAAUGCUAGUGAUUUACAGAAAGUCAAAUAUAAGUUUGAUAAUGGUAUUAAAAAGAAUAUUUUAUUAAAUACUAAAUUAAGAUUAAAUAUGUUUCAAGAUGAUGAUGAUGAAAAAUUGAAAUGGAAACAAAAUGGUGGUUUGAAUAGUAUACCGUUAAUGUACGGUAUAUUAAAGUUAUUACAUAGGAAUGAGAUAUCAAGUAAUCUUUGGUGGAUUAAUCCUGCAAUUUUAAAUUUGUUAGAUGAUACCACUGAUCUACAAGGUAUUGUAUUGAAAGGUGUUUUACUUUUGAACAUAUUUUUACAAAAAUUCGAAACGUUUGAUAAAGAUGAUAAAUGGAUAACGUUCAAAGACACAGGGUUGUUCCAAUUAUACGAACCACUAUUGAAGAAAAUGUGUUAUUUUAUUCCACCAAUGAAUAAAGAACAAGAAUCGAUUCAAGUAAUGACGCUUGUUUUCCCGGUAUUAAACCAAUUGUAUUAUGUAGAGUUUGAGCGGGAUCUCAAGGAAAGGAAUAAAAGAAUUUCUGAAGUAGUAUCUGAAAUCUUGCUUCAAAAUAUAAUACCACGUUUAGAUCUGAAAUAUAAUAAGUUAUUGAUAACUUUAUUUGAUAUAUUAAUUGAAAAUAUCAAAAUCCUGAAAACUCAAUCAGUAAUCCAUUUACAACGUAUCAUAUAUGUCUUGGGUCAAUAUUUUGUGAAAAAUCCAUUCAUAACGUUAUAUGAAGAUGUUAUUAUUAAAAUCUUAGAAUUAGUAUCGAAUUUGAUUGAAGAAUGUCCUUCUGAAAGAUUAGUUUUUCAUAAGUAUGAUCUUCUAGGAUUGGAAAUAAUGAUUCUAUUAAAAUGCCGACAAGAAGGUUUGAUUGUAAAGGAAGAAGUUAAUGACAUUAUCAUUAGUUUAAAGAAAAUUAUGAAACAAUUAGAAUCCAAAGGUUGCAAUUUUGAAGUUGAUGAAAAGGAAAUGUUAAUAAGUAAGCAUGAAGAUGUUCGAAUUUUAUUUUUAUAUACAGAUAGAUGA